UGCCGUCUCUAUGCUCCCCCGGGUCUAGUCUAUUUAUUGUCGCGGGGGAAGCGGCGGCCGCCCUGUACCCGGAACAACAAAGCGAGAAACGGAGCCCGAACCUCGGGGGCUCCUAGCAACGGGCCUGGGCGGGAGUUCCAUGGAUACUGGGCAGCGGACCCGCCUGAUCAUCAUCCUUGUCCUCCAGCUCUUCCUCCGCGUCCGGCGCCACCGGCAGCUGCGCUGCCGCCGCGUCCUCUGCGCCCGCCCCGUCUUCCCACGGAUGUGAUCUUCGUGGUGGGAAACGGUUUUUAAACUACCCCAAUGGAUGCAGACAGUGAUGUUGCAUUGGACAUUUUAAUUACAAAUGUAGUCUGUGUUUUUAGAACAAGAUGCCAUUUGAACUUAAGGAAGAUUGCUUUGGAGGGAGCAAAUGUCAUUUAUAAGCGCGAUGUUGGAAAAGUAUUAAUGAAGCUUAGAAAACCUAGAAUUACAGCUACAAUUUGGUCCUCAGGAAAAAUUAUUUGCACUGGAGCAACAAGUGAAGAAGAAGCUAAAUUUGGUGCCAGGCGUUUAGCCCGAAGUCUGCAGAAACUAGGUUUUCAGGUAAUUUUUACAGACUUUAAGGUUGUGAAUGUUUUGGCGGUUUGUAACAUGCCCUUUGAAAUCCGUCUGCCGGAAUUCACAAAGAACAACAGACCUCAUGCCAGCUAUGAACCUGAGCUCCAUCCUGCCGUGUGCUAUCGGAUAAAGUCUCUGAGGGCUACGCUACAGAUAUUCUCAACAGGAAGCAUCACAGUGACAGGGCCCAACGUAAAGGCUGUGGCCACAGCCGUGGAGCAGAUCUACCCAUUUGUGUUUGAAAGCAGGAAGGAAAUUUUAUAACUCACGCUUUGUUGGUCGGAGUCUCUAACUGAGCACCUUUUCAAACCUGCUGCACAUCGGACUCAAAACACAAGGAAAACUGGACCAACGGGGACUGAGGAGCAGACUCGCGCCCGCGGCUGCCGUGUACGCUCAGUCCCUUGGGGUUUUACUUCAAACUUUGCUGUAAUAUAAAAAGGAAGUUUACAAGACAUGACAUUGCUGCUUUUACAAAAAGACAUUCUAUUUAUUUUCGCAGUGAUUUUCAUGUCCCCACAGGCAGAGCUGUCACAGUGUGCACUACCUUAAAUUGUUUUAUUGUUGUCAUUAUUUUUCCAGUUUGAGCUAAUGUGUUUUAUUUGUGAAUAGUCUUUUACAUUUUUGUAUGCUGAAUAUGGGCACCAAAGAACCUGUAAAAGUUACCUUUUUAAAUUGAAUGUGCACAAAUAAAAGUUUGGAAAAGCUCUCUCUUCAUAUCCAUUCUAUAGCUUUUAUUCACCAUUCUCUUUUAACAACUGUAUUCAUAGUUUUUUAAAAUCUAUGCAGGCUUAGUCUUUGGCUAAAGUGUGGGCUUCUUUUUGAAGUGAGUUUGUAUAUAUAUAUAUAUA